AUGGUAGCCCGGAUGCGAGGCAGCAUACUGAUUCCGGAAAUAGCAGCAAUGGGAAUGGUACCUCUCGUGAUAUUGACAAUAGUGUUGAGAGUGAUUCUGUACAUGAAGUUCGUUCGGACAGUACAGAAUUUGGGAAUGGUUGUUAGGCGGAUCAAGAUUUUAAUAGCUAAGCGGCUUGAAGUCGGUAGUCUUGUUGACACCUUAGAUGAUGUCUUUGAUUUAUACACCGAGUAUGGUCGAUUUAAUGGUUUUUCAGUUAGGAAAGGAACCCAAAGGCCUGAUGAAGAUGCUCCAUGGAAAGUGCGGACUUUUGCAAAGAAACACAACCAUGAACUGUUGAAGCACUCAGAGAGUUAUUUGCUUCGAUCUGCACGGAAGAUGUCGGAUGGGAAGAAACGUUUGAUUGUUGGCAUGAAGAGCAGUGGAAUAGGAGUUAGUAAGGCGUUUCGAUUUAUGGAGAACGAAGCAGGUGGUAGGCAAAAUGUUGGGUUCACACGAAAUGAUGUUUACAAUGAGCUUGAUCGUGAAAAUAGAAAGAUGUGUAGAGUUGACAACGCCGAUGCCAAUAAGUUGGUGGAGUAUCUAACUGAAAAAGGCUUGACUGAGCCUUCAUUCUAUUGGAAGGUAAAACUAAGUGAUGAUUGUAGACUUGAACACCUAUUUUAUCGGGAUAGUCGUUGUCUAAUUGAUUACCAACAUUUUGGUGACGUCGUAUUCGUUGAUGCCACAUACAAGACGAACAAGUACGACUUGAUGUGUGUUCCAAUUGUUGGUAUGAAUCAUCAUCGUUCUAAUGUCAUGUUUGGAAUUGCAUUGUUGUCCAACGAGAGAACCGAGUCUUAUCAAUGGUUGUUUCGCACUUUUCUUGAAGCUAUGUAUCAGAAGGAGCCAUCUAUCAUAUUUUCUGACCAAGACCAAGCUCUUAUGAAUUCGGUUGAUUUAACUUUCCGACAGUCAUCGCAUAGGCUUUGCCAGUGGCACAUCAACAAGAAUGCCGUGCGCCACUUUGGUAAACUAAAUUGUGAUGCCGACUUCAAGUCAUUAUGGUAUAGAUGCAUGAAUGGAUGUGAAAAUGGGGAACAAUUCGAGUCUACUUGGAGUAGUAUGAUUGGGCAGCACGGUUUGGCGAAGAAUAAGUGGUUUUGCACGAUGUAUAAUUUGAGAAGGCGUUGGUCAUCGGCGUUCACCCGAGAUAAAUUCUCGGGUGGUUUACAUGCUACAUCUCGCAGUGAAGUGACUAAUAGAGUUCUUAAAGAGUUAUGCAAAUCAACCUCUAGUUUGCAUGCUUUUGUCGUUGGGUUCGAGAGGAUGCAAAAAACAUGGCGCACGGGAGAGUUCGAGGAAGAUGCUCUGAAUCGAGGCCGUCGAGGUAUGUUCGUACAACAUACUAGUUUGUAA